AUGGGGAGCUGCAGAGUGAGGAUCAAAGCCUGUUGGUUUCCCCAUGUCGUGUUCAUCGUCGUUUUGAGCUUGUUGCUGCUGCUGCCUUGCUUUUUAUGCCAGGGCGAUGAUGAUAUGGAUAAUAACCAAAGCCCGGCUGUUCUUACUCGGCUCGUGGAAUCCAAGCUUUCAGAGCUCACUAAGUAUCUAAGCAGUGACGUUAAGGGUAUAAUGGGUUACUGCAUUAAGGAUUGGAGAGCGGAUUGGGAUGGAGCUUUCAAUUAUACAGGGAACGUCGAAUUCAUUUCUAACUGUAUCAAAAACUCGAAAAGAGAUAUCGGUUACCGAAUAUGUACAGCAGCAGAAAUUAAGUACUAUUUUUCGAGUUUUACUAACAUUGGGACACCGCAACAUUCGAGCUAUCUGAAACCAAACCUGAAUUGCAAUUUGACCAAUUGGGAAAGCGGAUGCGAACCUGGUUGGGGUUGUAGUCUCGAUGGUGAGGGCAAGGUUGACCUCAGAGCUUCACGCAUUCCUGCACGAACUUCGGAUUGUCAGCCUUGUUGUGAAGGCUUCUUCUGCCCUGAGGGCAUCACUUGCAUGAUGCCUUGUCCUAAAGGUGCAUACUGUCCCCGUGGAAAACUAAACAAAACGAGUGGAUUAUGUGACCCUUAUACCUACCAAGUACCAGCUGGAGAUCCAAAUCAUACUUGUGGCGGUGCAGAUGUUUGGACUGAUGCAACUAAAACUGAUUUAUUUUGUUCACCUGGAUCAUACUGCCCCACUACCAUAAAGAAAUACACUUGCAGUAGUGGAUUUUACUGCAGGAUGGGUUCCACUAGUCAAAGACCAUGCCUGAAGUUGACUGCCUGUGGUAAAGGAACUGCAAAUCAAAAGAUUCAUGCAUACGGGAUCUUCCUUGUUGUUGCACUGAGUUUUAUAUUGCUCAUAAUUUAUAACUGCUCUGAUCAAGUUCUGCUCAUUCGAGAAAGAAAAGCAGCUAAGUCUAGGGAAGCUGCAGCAAGACAUGCACGAGAAACUGCACAAGCACGUGAAAGAUGGAAAUCUGCAAAAGAUGGCCUUAAGAAGCAUAAAUUGGGGGCGUUGACUGAGCAGAUGUCUCGCACAUUUUCUCGCAAAAAAUCUACAAGGAAUUCAGAGCCUCUAAAGUUUUCAGGUCAAUUUAAACCAAGUACAGAGAAUACUUCAACACCGUCUGUGAUACCUGGUACAUUAAGCUCCUCUGAGCAGUCAUCAGCAGGUUCAAAAGCAAAGAAUAAGGAACCAAGCAACCUUACAAAAAUGAUGCAAUCCCUAGAGGAUGAUCCGCAUAGCACUGAAGGCUUUGAUCUUCAGAUUGGUGAUAAAAAUAUCAAAAAGCAAGCCCCCAAAGUUAAAAAUUUGCAUACUCACAGUCAAAUUUUUAAGUAUGCAUAUGGUCAACUCGAGAAAGAGAAAGCUAUGCAACAAGAAAGCAAGAACUUGACCUUUACAGGCUUAAUUCAAAUGGCGAAAGAAACUGAGGUAAAGACUCGCCCUGUGAUUGAAGUAGAUUUUAAAGAUUUAACUCUGACUCUGAAAGGAAAAGAUAAAAAUCUUUUGAGGUGUGUUACUGGGAAACUGUAUCCUGGUCGAGUUUCAGCAGUCAUGGGUCCUUCAGGAGCGGGGAAAACAACAUUUCUUUCUGCAUUAUCAGGAAAAGUACAUGGAUGCACUGUCACAGGUUCAAUUCUAAUAAAUGGGAAAGCUGAACCAAUGACUGCUUACAAAAGAAUCAUUGGCUUUGUGCCGCAAGAUGAUAUUGUGCAUGGAAACUUGACUGUCGAGGAGAAUCUUCGGUUUAGUGCAAGGUGCAGACUGUCUGCCAACAUGCCAAAACCUGAUAAAGUCCUGGUUGUUGAAAGAGUUAUUGAGGCUCUAGGACUUGGUGCUGUGAGAGAUUCCCUGGUUGGUACUGUGGAGAAGCGAGGAAUCUCUGGAGGGCAAAGGAAACGAGUUAAUGUUGGCCUAGAGAUGGUCAUGGAACCUUCAUUACUCAUCUUGGAUGAGCCUACCACAGGUUUGGAUAGUGCAUCUUCCCAGUUACUUCUUAAAGCCCUUCGACGUGAAGCUCGUGAAGGGGUAAACAUCUGUAUGGUACUUCACCAGCCGAGCUAUGCCUUAUUCAGGAUGUUUGAUGAUUUCAUUCUUCUAGCCAAAGGUGGUCUAACUGUAUUUCAUGGAUCUGUAAAGAAAGUUGAAGAAUAUUUUGCUGGCAUCGGGAUUGUUGUACCAGACCGUGUUAAUCCUCCAGACCAUUUUAUUGACAUUUUAGAAGGUAUAGUGAAACCAGACACAGGUGUGACCCAUGAACAACUUCCAGUUAGGUGGAUGCUGCAUAAUGGGUACCCUGUACCUCAAGAUAUGAUGCACCAUCUAGAUGGAAUUGCUGCAAGCUCAGCAGGCCCGAAACCUGUAAUGAAGCGAGAUCAGUCUUUUGCUGGAGAUUUGUGGCGGGAUGUGAAAACUAAUGUUGAGGUGAAAAAGGAUCACUUAAGACAUAACUUCUUAGUGUCCAAGGAUCUGUCAGACCGAGUUACUCCUGGUAUUGCCCGGCAGUACAGAUAUUACCUGGGGAGGGUAGGUAAGCAGCGGCUACGAGACGCUCAAAUGCUGGCUGCUGAUUAUCUGAUUUUAUUACUUGCCGGAGCCAUCUUAGGAAUCUUCUCCAAAAUGAAUGAUGAUUCAUUUGGCGCUAACGGUUACACUUACACUGUCAUUGCUGUUUCACUACUUUGCAAAAUAUCAGCAUUGAGAACCUUUUCUCUUGACAAAUUACACUACUGGAGAGAGAGUGCAUCUGGGAUCAGCUGUCUGGCUCAUUUUCUGUCGAAAGAUACACUGGACCAUUUCAACACAGUCAUCAAACCAUUGGUGUAUCUAUCCACAUUCUAUUUCUUCAGUAACCCAAGGUCAUCAUUCCAAGACAAUUACAUUAUUUUGCUAUGUCUUGUGUACUGUGUGACUGGCAUCGCUUAUGCUUUUGCCAUCUACCUUGACCCCAGUCCUGCCCAACUGUGGUCAGUGCUUCUUCCUGUUGUCAUGACCCUCGUUGCAAACCAAGCGAAGGAUAGUCAGGUUGCGGGAGCUGUAGCAAGGUUUUGCUACACAAAGUGGGCACUAGAAGCUUUUGUAGUUGCAAAUGCUGACAGGUAUUCUGGGGUGUGGCUGAUCAGUCGCUGCACGACAUUAUACAAAAAAGGCUACGACGUCAAUGACUGGAUGUUGUGUCUGAUCAUCCUCAUGGUGAUCGGUUUAUUUAGCCGGAUCAUGGCUUUCAUUCUGUUGUUGAUUACUCAGAAGAGGUAGAUUGGGUUGCAAGUCACCUUUUCCAUGGAUCCUACAGGUCUAAAAUGAA